AUGUUCUACAGCCAUGAGAUUCUGACCUCACCAGAGCAUGGAGUCGCCACAGUCUGGCUAGCCGCAACUCUCGGCCCCAAGUCAACAACUCGGAAGAUAAACCGCAAGGCUAUUUUCGACGUGAAUGUACCUGGGGCGUGCAGGGUCAUUGUCAAUCCAGAAGUCCCGAUGGCAUUGCGUCUGCAGGGGAAUACGGCGUUAGCAGGGUCUUCCAUCAACAGUGUGGAUAUACCCUUCUGGAUGCACAGUCAAUGCGAGACAAGAUGGCUUCAAUGCUGCGACUCCUGCCUGGCAGCGGCUUGGAUCCGAAUGCCGGAAAAGCAAAGUGAGAAUGCCACCCUUCUCCGAGCGAACAACCAGCCGUUUGAGAGCGCCAAACCAAGUUCUCUCAUCCUCCCCUAUGACCCGACCUUCCUCCCCGAAACAGGACUUCCGGGCCUCAACUUCGACUUUUCGCUCUUCAAUUGCGCAGAUAAUGCCUCCACUCAAGGGUCAAGUCUCUGGGGAAAGUCAGCUGAAAGUCAAUCUACCUUCCUCCAAGGAAAUAAUAAGAUCCAAAUCGAAUUCCCGAUGGAAGAUGUGGGGACAGCCAAUAUUGUGGCAGGAUUCGAAGAUGAUAUCUUCUGGGGGGGCGAAGAAGGGAUUCUCCUCCAGCCUGACUUCGAGUUUGACGAAGAUGGGAAUAUCGUCGAGUUUCAUUCUAGCCGACUCUCGCCGAGAAAGAGACGGAAGAUUGCUUCGAUGCCGCGAUUGAGUGAGAAUACCCCUUCUGGAAGUUUACAUCGAAAGGAAAAAAUGAACCAAGAAGAAGAUCCAUUCCGAGACGAAGUGAUGAUGGACCUGGACUUGGAUCCGAACGUAGUGCAAACAACAAAUGUCCUUGAACUCGAGGACCAGGCCCUAAACAAUCACCAAAACCAAGCGGAACAAGAAGCAGAGACAACCUACGAUCCAACAGAGAUCUUCCGAGCCCCAUCUCGCAAGCGACCACUCCGAGAAAUUGCCCUAGACGAAAAGACAACCCUCCGAAAUGCAGACCUCGCUCGCUCAAACGAAGAGUACCUGGUAAACAUGGCCCAAGCCACCAAACAAAAGAAGUACAACAGACUGCCAACAAUUACAAAGAAGAAUGCUGCUUUCUGGGUCUAUGGCCAGGGACUGGGCUCUGUCGGUAUGGGACUGGGAGCGAAUCAUGAACCGCACCCGUUGAAUAUGUUCUCUGGGGAAAGACUGUAUAAGUCGCUCGGGGGCAUGGGACUACGCCCAGAUCCCCAGGAUGAACGAGGUACGGAAGAUGAACAAUAUCAUGCGCGUGCAUUACCACGCGAGGCUCGAGCCCAAGAUCGGGGUAUGAAUGCGGAUGUGGAUCAGCAUGAAGAUGUCGAAUUCGCACGUCAGGCUCCGUCAAGCAUACUCGAUGAUGGUUUUUCGCAAAUGCCAUGGAACAUCAGUGCCUCUUUACACUCCUCUGGUCAAGCUCAGCGGUUCGGGAGUAGGAGUAUGAGUAUCGGCGACCCCCGUUUCGAGUCGAGUACUCGGGCUGGAGUUAGUGCUGGAGUAGGGGGACGAUACAGAAUCACAAGUCCCAGUCCCCUCGCCGGAAGAAGCCAUCUUGACCCGAGUCAUUUCGAUACUGCUGGUGGAUAUAUCGAUGACGAGCUUGAGAUAACCCGGUACCUGGAAAAUGAACUUGCAUCGGACCGUGAGAACGUGAGUAUUCUAUCGAAUCCGAAUAUGCAGUCGCGUUUACGGAAAACCCGGAACAGUCUGGGUGAACAACUUCAAUAUCUACGUAAGAACCAGCGGGACCUUGCGAGUCUUGAUCGGGAGAGUUUGAAUUUCUAUGAAUUCAUUCGCGAGAAUAUGUCUGCAGCUGCACCUGUGCUCGAAGAUGGGGAUGAUGAGGGGAGUGGGAGUGGGAGUGUUAUGUUCGGCGAUAUCCUUCCGCCCUCUCAGACGACUCGAGUUGUUGCUACGCAGGCUUUUAUGAAUGUUCUCACGCUUGCGACGGAGGGGUGGCUGGUUGUUCAUCAGGAUCGACUUUCGGAUGGUGGUGGUGAUGAUUGGGGCGCGCGGUAUCGAUCUGGGGGUAUCUUUAUGCGGGUUGUUGAGGGGGAUGGUGCCGGUGUGACCUAA